AUGAAGAACUUGAAGUUUCUGCUCUGUUUCGCGGGGAGCUUUGGUGGUAGAAAUUGGGAUAACGGAACUGGUGAUGUUUGGUGGCGGAUCUGCGCCGACGGCAGAUUAGCGAAGCAGCGGCGAAGCUGGUCAUCUCUCAGCGGAUUAAACCAGCGGCAUGCAGCAACGAGAUUGGAUAGGAAAUCCAGCGUCAGUGGAGUUGAUGCGUUGUUGGAGUCUCUUGAUCUACAGAAUGGUAGUGGACAGGGAAGACUUCUUCCCCCUUUUCUUCAUCGGAUCUGGCUUCGAAACAUCCACAUCUCUGCUUUUUCAUCCGCAUGCAGUGGGAACCGUAUGGAAAGUGUUAGUGGUGUUACUGGUGUAUCUAGAACCCAACCUGAGUUGGAAGCACCUGCUGUAGAGACUGUUACUCCUCAGUCUCAGCAGCCUUUGCCUCCACCUGUUCCAAAGAAAAGGAAAGAGGUUGAAUCCAGGGCUCCAUGUUGGGAUCACUUUGAAAAGAUCAAAGACAGUGAUGGCAUUGUCAUCAAAGGAAAAUGUAUAUAUUGUGCAAAAGUGUAUUGCUAUGAGAGCAAGAAACAUGGGACUUCUUCUCUCAGACUUCAUGUGGUAAACCACCUUAAAAAUCCUCACUCUAAGGAGACAAGGCAGUCCCUACUCACAUUCCAACCUGCACCUUCUUCUGCUGGAACUCAAAGUAGUGAAGGAACUGAAGGGGUGUUGGGUACUUGGGUGUUUGAUCAAGACUUGAUAAGGAGACCCUUAGCUGAGAUGAUUAUUUUAGAUGAACUUCCUUUUAGGAUUGUUGAGGGACAGGGUUUUAGAAAGUUUGUUUUAGUUUGCUGUCCUAGGUUUAAAAUCCCUUCAAGAUGGACUAUCAGUAGGGACAUUUUCAAGAUAUUUUCUGAUGAGAGGGUCAACUUGAAGAAGUUUUUUAGGACUAGCAGUCAGAGGGUAAGUAUCACAACUGAUACUUGGACCUCAGUCCAGAGAAUAAACUAUAUGUGCAUAACUGCACAUUUCAUUGAUAGUGAGUGGAAGCUGCAAAAGAAGAUUAUUUCAUUUGUUCCUAUAUAUUCCCACAAGGGGGAAAGUAUUGCAAAGGCUUUAGAGAGUUGCCUUUUGGACUGGGGUCUAAAAUCAGUGUUUAGUGUGACAGUAGAUAAUGCUUCCAGCAAUGAUACUGCCCUAGGAUUCUUGAAGAAGAAGUUGGGCUCUUGGGGUUGUACUGCUGUUAGGUGUAAGUAUUUUCACAUGAGGUGCAUUGCUCACAUUCUUAACUUGGUGGUACAGGAUGGGUUGAAAGAAUGUGACAGUUCUGUUAAGAAAGUCAGGGAUGCUGUUAGGUAUGUGAGGAGCUCACCUGCUAGGUUGCAGAAGUUUAAAUCACUAGCUGAUCUAAUUGGGGUGGAAGCUAAGAAUUCUCUGUGUCUAGAUGUCCCUACAAGGUGGAAUUCCACAUAUAUGAUGCUUAAUACUGCAUUAUUGUUUCAGAAGUUAUUUGAAGCCUAUGAUGAUCAUGACAGUUCAUUUAAAUCUGAUUUGGGUGGAAGUGAUUUCUGGAUUUUGUAUGUGACUUCUAAUACCUUCUUCUCUGAGAUUUCCGAUUUGUCUUGCUUGUUGAAAAAUAUGGAGGAAGCUACAGAAGAUAGUGUUAAACUGAUGGGUACAAAUAUGAGGGCAAAAUUUGAUAAGUAUUGGGGUGAGCCUGAAAAAAUGAAUUUUUUGAUAUUCUAUGCAAAUAUCUUAGACCCCAGGGACAAAAUUGAGUAUACGCCCAUUCAGUUUAACCAGUUAUAUGGUGAGGAAAAGGGUAAAACAAUGUUUGAUAAGGUGAUUGUUGGCCUUAAGGAGUUGUUUGAAGAUUAUGUUGCAUGCUUCCCUGUCCAGUCUGUUGAACAAUCUGAAAAAUUUUCUCCAUCAAUAACAAUAUCUGAUUCUGUUUCUGUUGGGAGACCUCAAUCAUUACUGAAAUCUCAGAUUAAGAAGCAAAAAUUGGUGAGUGGGGAUUUGUCUAGGAAAAAAACUGAGUUGGAAGUGUAUCUCUCUGAGGUUAUUGUGGAUGAGGAUGAUUCAUUUGACCUUCUAAGAUGGUGGAAGCAACAAUCUGAAAGGUUCCCUGUCUUAUCUAAAAUGGCAAGGGAAAUCCUAGCUGUUCCAAUAUCAACUGUUGCUUCAGAAUUAGCAUUCAGUACAAGUGGAAGGGUACUUGAUGCCAUUAGGAGUUCCCUAACUCCUAGAAUUGUUGAGGCAUUGGUGUGUGCACAGGAUUGGCUAAGAUUAAGCAAUCAACCAAUCUCAAUUGAAGAAAAUAUUGAAGAUGUUGAAAGGAUUGAGAAAGAGUUGUGCAGCACAUCCAGCACUAGAACUGGAAUGCCUACAAUUGUUUGUAUCAUGUAUUCAUGUAUGUGUAUCAAUGAUUCAAAUCAAUGUCCCUCAGAGGCUGGGAAGUUGGAACUGGAACUGGAAAGUGCUCAUGACUAG